AUGCAGAGUUGGAUACACGUCUGUGUCCGUUUCCUGCUGUUCAUCACGCUUGGGGUGCAUUCAGAUACACUUGAUGUCAGCCCAGUGACCGAUGAUGUCUCCAGACUCUAUACUUUGAAGCAAAACAUUCCUAAAGAUUACAAAAUUCCUGUGAGCUACGUUCCAAAACAAGAGGGUGGGAUGUGUUGGGUGAGAUUAAAUGUCUUCCCUUUGGAGGCGAGUUUAAAAGAUUUAGCACAUAAGUUUGGAAACAUGUCAUCUAACAGACACGACAUUAGGAUUUUCAUCAUAAUGCUCCAAGAGCUGCGACUCAAAAUGGGUUCAUUGGAGCUGAUCAUGUUUGAGUUUGAGUGCCACUACAGGGAAGAGAGAUGGCACACAGAGCGAUACUUGGACUUUGUCAAAGACUUUCUUACAGCUGCACAGAAUAAAGAAGACUCAGAUGACUGUGAUCCUCCUCCUUGUCCCACCACACCAUACGCAGUAAUAACAGAAGAAUAUUCAAAAGAAUCACCCACUCCCAGCAGUAAAGGCCCAAAGUGUUCGACUGACUGCACAGCACACUCCUGA